CCCAGCCCCAGCCCCAGCCCCGGCCUGGCAGCCCCGGCGUCGCUUCGGAUCGCGGUGGCAGCUGACUGCGCGUUCACGACCCGCUGGGAGCCGCGAGCCCCGCCGCCGUUAUGAACAUCCGCAAUGCGAGGCCAGAGGACCUGAUGAACAUGCAGCACUGCAACCUCCUGUGCCUGCCCGAGAAUUACCAGAUGAAAUAUUAUUUCUACCAUGGCCUUUCCUGGCCCCAGCUCUCUUACAUCGCUGAGGAUGAGAAUGGGAAGAUUGUGGGGUAUGUCCUGGCCAAAAUGGAAGAGGACCCGGACGACGUGCCCCAUGGACACAUCACCUCGCUGGCUGUGAAGCGUUCCCACCGGCGCCUUGGCCUGGCUCAGAAGCUGAUGGACCAGGCCUCCCGAGCCAUGAUCGAGAACUUCAAUGCCAAAUACGUCUCCCUGCAUGUCAGGAAGAGUAACCGGGCCGCUCUGCACCUCUAUUCCAACACCCUCAACUUUCAGAUCAGCGAAGUGGAGCCCAAAUACUAUGCAGAUGGGGAAGACGCAUAUGCGAUGAAGCGGGAUCUCACCCAGAUGGCCGAUGAGCUGAGGCGGCACCUGGAGCUGAAGGAGAAGGCCAGGCACGUGGUGCUGGGCUCCAUCGAGAACAAGGUGGAGGGCAAGGGCAGCUCGCUUCCGAGCUCGGGAGAGGCCUGUCGUGAGGAAAAGGGCCUGGCUGCGGAGGAUAGCGGCGGAGACAGCAAAGACCUCAGUGAGGUCAGCGAGACCACAGAGAGCACCGAUGUCAAGGACAGCUCAGAGGCCUCUGACUCAGCCUCCUAGAGCCUGCACAUGCUUCUCUCCCUGCCCUGGCCUGCCCAUCCCAUCCUCACCCCGAGAGCUUUCACAAUAAACUUCACCCAGUGGCCUUGGGGA